UUUUUCAGCUAAAAUUAUUAUAAAGGAAAUAUUGGCUGGAAGAAAUCUGGGCUUGAGAGGAGUGGGAAUUGGAGUAGUGACUGAGAGGGAUUGGGAGAAGGAAGGGGUAGCUGAAACUUAGCACUAGGAAUUGGACAAUAAGGGAUUUGCCACGUAUGAGAGUAUCUUUUCCAGAUAUUGAUGAGCUUUCAAAGAGAUCCUGUUUACCCUCAUUUUCUUGGGGGUUAGACCAACAAACACAUGCUGAAAUUUCAUCUUUUGAGCUUGUUGAGAUGAAGAAAGAGUUGAUACAUCAAUUGAGCAAGUGAAAAACUUGUAUGGAGCAAUGCUACAUGCAACAAAUGUAAAGGAACUUCUUGGAAACUAAGUCUCACAAUUAUCUCUGAAAUCGCAAACUUUUGUGCAAAGUAUGGUUAAUUGCAUUUAUUACGUAAUUUGAUGCUAGGUUGACACUUAAAGAUACUCCCCGCUUUCUCUAUAAUUUUCUUAGAGAAACUCUUGAAGGUAUGGCUCCUGAAUUGCCUUUAUCUGUUUUUCAAGCAUCUGGCCAGGUUUGGGAGAAAUUUCAACAACAGAGAUACGCUUACAGCAAACUAUAUAAAGAAGAUUUUGGUCCAAACUUUAAUAAUUAAUUAAAUUUUAUGGUUAAGCUAAGAAAAUUCAGAGGAUAUCUAGCUCAGAAGGAGAACAUUGAGAAGAUCAUCAGCCCUCCUUAUGAUGUUUGCAGUAUCAAAGAAGCCAGAGAAGAGACUGGAGAUAAUGAUAUGUACUACUAUCAUGUCAACAAGCCAGCCAUUGAUCUCCCUGACGAUUGUACUAUGGAAGACGUUGCUAAUAAAGGUAGAGAAAACUUAGAAGCUUUCAUUGAAAAGGGCUAUCUUGUCAGAGAUGAUGAAGAGCGUAUCUACAUCUACUCUCAACAACUUGGAGACCACCUGCAGUUCGGAGUCAUGGCUCUAGCCUCCAUUGAUGACUAUGAUACUGGGAAAAUAAAGAAGCAUGAGCAUACUUUGCCUGAAGUUGAGCUAGAAAGAACCAAUCUCUGUGAUACUCAGUGUGCCAAUGCAGGACCUGUCUUCUAUUCUUUCAGAGAGCAAGAAGAAAUUGUUCAGAAGAUUUCUGGCAUUUCUCAGCAAGAUCAUUACGCUCAAGUCACCACAAAGGAUGGUGUGGUUCACACUCUAUGGAAGUGUUCUCAGGAAGACUCAGACUGGAUUGUUGAAUCCUUCAAAGAUGUUGAUAGCCUGUACAUUGCUGAUGGGCAUCACAGGAGUGCUGCUGCUUACAACGUCGGCAAGAGAAGAAGAGAAAGAGAGCUAGCAGCUGGUCACGAAGUGACCGGUGAAGAGUCUUUCAACUUUUUCAUGACAGUAAUCUUCCCAGCAAACCAGACCAAAAUCCUUCCUUACAAUAGACUGCUGAAUACUCUCAAUGACAUGACUGAAGAGGAGUUUCUGGAAAAAAUCAAGAAGAACUUCGAUGUAGAAGAGAUGAAGGGAGAUGACCACAGCGCUAAAGAAGCAGGCCACAUCUCCAUGUACCUCGGUGAAACCUGGUAUGACAUGCAGUUGAAGCCAGAGUUAUUUAGAGACGAAGUCUCUCUAAAUCUUGACUACACCGUGCUAACAGACUUCCUUUUCAAAGAAAUCAUGGGAAUUGAGAACAUCAAGAAAGACGGCAGGGUUGAAUUUGUCGGUGGUGGAAGAGGAAUCGAGUAUUUAGUGAAAAGAUGAAGCGAAGACUGCAAAGCAGCUUUCGUCAUGUUCCCUAUUAGAAUGGACGACCUCUUCGCAGUAGCAGAUGCUAAUGAGAUCAUGCCUCCUAAGAGCACAUGGUUUGAGCCAAAGCUUCGAUCUGGAUUCGUGGUAAACGUGUUCGAAAAGGAGCUAGGCCUAUUAUAAUUCGCUAAAUUACCAUUUCAGCUAUAAU